AUGCUCAAGGUCCAGGAUCACCAGGUUGCAGGACAUAAAGCUGGUAAUGGGAAGCUUGGUCCCCUUAUAGAUGAUUCCGGACAUUUGUACAAGCCUCUUCGGGGUGAUGAGGAUGGAUCCAACGAGGUUUCUUUCUAUGCAUCAUUUUCUUCAGAAAUCAGAAUCCCAGGCGACAUCUGCAGAUUCUUCCCGAAUUUUGUGGCACUCAGCUUGGCCUUCGAUGUAUCUGGCUUGCAACCUCAUCUAGUUUUGCAAGAUCUUAAUUUAGGUCGAGUCAAUUCAUCAGCAAUGGACAUUAAAAUUGAAUUGGAUUCGAAACCAGAUUGUGCUUUUGCUUCGUUUGUUUAUGGUGGUUCAACUGGUAUUUUAGCACAAUUAUUGGAAUUAAAAGCAUGGUUUGAGGAUCAAACUACUUAUCGUUUUUAUUCUUGUUCUGUUCUUUGGCAUACGAAAAAGAGCUUGUAUCAAAUGGAAAGAGCGCUCAUUGAUUUUGCACACGUUGUCGGAGGCAAGGGUGUUAUUGACCACAACUUCUUGGGUUGGUUUCUGCUUGUUAAUAAGUUCAUUUCCGAGAUAUCUGAGAACGGGGAUGCGGAUAAUCUUCAAGAUAUAUGUCCAACAGAUACAAAAAAUCAAAAAAUCUUUAUUAAUGGCUUUCUGUGCAAGAAUCCUGCUAACAUAACAGCAUCUGAUUUCAAAUCCUCAUUGCUGAACCACGGUGGUGACACGGAUAACUUUUAUCAUUCAUCCAUGAACACAAUCACUGCAGCAGAGUUUCCAGGACUCAACACCCUCGGAAUAUCAGCUUCCAGGACUGAUCUAGAAGAAGAUGGACUGGUGGCUCCGCAUGCUCAUCCAAGGGCUUCCGAAAUGAUGUUCGUGAGCGCUGGCGUCGUUGUAGCUGGAUUUGUAGAUUCCAACAACCAGGUUUUUCAGAAAGUUCUCCACGAAGCCAGAAUCCAGGGCUAG